AUGCGGAACCGAGUGGAACCUCCAAAUCGGGCGGACGACAUGGAACCGCUCCUCGUCUCACCCCCGCAAACCCAAUCGAGCCUCACCUGUCCUGGUGCGCCGUUGCCCCUCGUCUCUCUUCCUCCCUCGAUCCAGUCCGCCACCCCGAUCCCACAUCCAUCGAUCCAUCCUCAACCGGAACCCUUCUCUCGAUGCCAGAUCCAAUCCUCCUCCCUCCCUCCUCGCCCCGGCUCCCUGCUCCCCUCCCCUUCCAGAUCACCGCCACCACCUCCCUCCUCCUCCCUCGCCCCGGUUCCCUGCUCCGCCGAGGCCGCCGUCGGGAGAUCCAACUUCGCCGACGGGAAUGGGGCCGGAUCCGCCACGCCCGAGCGCUCCAUCCUCGUCGACAGGGACGACUACAUCCUGGCCUCGGCGCUUCCGGCAGCGGCGGCUCAUCUCCUUCCUCGGGCACCACAACUUCAACCGCACCAUGGAUGUGUUGGUGACCCAGACGGACCUAGCCGAGCUGGUGGACGCGGGCUCCUGGGACAAGGCCAUCGAGUACCUCUGCCGCUUCCUGCCCUCCGACCGCCUGCUGGGCGUCCACGGUCGCGCCCUCUUCCACUACCUCCGCGUGCACAAGGCCAUCGACGACGUGCUCGCCGGAGCCCCGGAGGCGCGCUCCGUCACCACCGCCCUCGACCAGUGAAUCAUCCGCCACCCCACCAAGAGCCACGCCGUCACCAGGCUCCGCGCCAUCUUCUCCUCCCUCCUCUGCUCCAAGCGAUACAGGUAAGACCGGAGCUGUAUGGAGAUAGUAAUGCUAGGUUCUUCACUUACUGGACAACUGAUGCGUACCAAGAGACGGGGUGAUACAACCACAACUGCCGUGGGUUUGUCCAGACGACCAACAAGAUAGCCAUCGGCGCGGCUAUCACGCCACAAUCGGUGUACAACGGGAGGCAGUUUGAUAUUAAUCUGAUGAUAU